UCGGAAGCUAAGCUUAUUAGACAAAUAAGAUAGUUUUUAUCCAUUGAUAAGUCCCCCAGUUCCUAUUUCUCCCAGCCAGCAUCUCUUCUUGUCCCACGAGGAUGCCGGCCGGAGGUUUCGCCGUGUCGGCCCCGUCGGGGAUGGAGUUCGAAGCAAAGAUUACUCCCAUCGUCAUUAUAUCAUGCAUCAUGGCGGCCACCGGCGGCCUUAUGUUCGGAUAUGAUGUUGGCGUAUCCGGUGGUGUGACAUCAAUGAAUGAUUUUUUGAGAAAGUUCUUCCCCAAGGUGUAUAGAAAGAAGAAUGAAAAAGGGUUAGAGAGCAACUAUUGUAAAUAUGAUAACCAGGGUUUGCAGCUCUUCACAUCCUCCUUGUACCUCGCCGGCCUCACCGCCACCUUCUUCGCCUCCUACACCACACGCCGGCUUGGUCGGCGGCUCACCAUGCUCAUCGCCGGUUUCUUCUUCAUUGGUGGCGUUAUUUUUAAUGGCGCUGCGCAGGAUUUGGGCAUGCUCAUUGUUGGUCGUCUUCUUCUUGGUUGCGGCGUCGGCUUCGCUAAUCAGGCGGUGCCCCUGUUCUUAUCUGAGAUCGCCCCCACCAGAAUUCGCGGCGGGCUUAACAUCCUCUUCCAGCUCAACAUCACCAUCGGCAUCCUCUUCGCCAAUCUAAUCAACUACGGAACCUCCAAAAUCCACCCAUGGGGUUGGCGCCUCUCCCUCGCCCUCGCCGGCAUCCCCGCUCUCCUCCUCACCGUCGGCGCCCUCCUCGUCGUCGACACCCCGAACAGCCUCAUCGAGCGCGGCCGGGUCGAUGAAGGCCGCGCCGUGCUCCGCCGCAUACGUGGCACCGACAACGUGAACGCAGAGUUCGACGAAAUCGUGCAAGCCAGCCACGCCGCUCGCCAGGUUAAGCAUCCCUUCCGCAAUCUCUGCCAGCGGCGUAAUCGACCGCAGCUUGUUAUAGCCAUAGCGAUGCAGAUUUUCCAGCAGUUCACGGGCAUCAACGCCAUCAUGUUCUACUCGCCGGUGCUGUUCAACACACUCGGGUUUGAGAGCGAUGCCUCGCUGUACUCCGCCGUCAUUACGGGCGCAGUCAACGUGGUUUCCACGCUGGUGUCGAUCUACUCGGUGGAUCGGGUGGGCCGGCGAGCGCUGCUGCUCGAGGCUGGGGUGCAGAUGUUCUUCUCGCAGGUGGUGAUAUCGGUGGUGCUGGGAAUCAAAGUUACGGACCACUCGGAGGGGCUGGCCAAGGGUUGGGCUGUGCUGGUGGUGCUGAUGGUCUGCAUCUUCGUCUCGGCAAUCGCGUGGGCUUGGGGCCUUCUGGGUCUAAUACCCAGCGAGACAUUCCCGCUGGAGACGAGGUCGGCCGGGCAGAGCGUCACCGUGUGCACCAACCUCCUCUUCACCUUCGUCAUCGCUCAGGCCUUCCUCUCCAUGCUCUGCCACAUGAAAUACGGCAUCUUCGCCUUCUUCUCAGCGUGGGUUGUCAUCAUGUCCGUCUUUGUCCUCUUCUUCUUGCCGGAGACGAAGAAUGUGCCGAUUGAGGAGAUGACGGAGAGGGUGUGGAAGCGGCACUGGUUCUGGAAGCGCUUUGUAGAAGAUGCCGAGUUGGAGGGAUUGGAGGGGGAUGAUGGUAAGUAUGGCAAAACCAAGGAGGUGGAAUUGGCUUAGUGAUAGUUGGGAGAUAAGUUAUUAUUAUUAAUGGAUGUGAAAGAUUGGAUGAUCAAAACGAUUGUAAAAUCUAACUUACAUUAUCGUCAUCUGUAUAAAAUAUGAUGUACGGGUUGAAUUAAUUUGCUUUUUAUGUUGUGGGGAUGAUGAUGAACUCUGCGUUUGGAAAGAGUUCACGGCGAAUGUUGACAUCCACAUGAGUUGUUAUAUAUGUAUAUGGUUCGGUAAGAAGUGCCCAACCAUCAAGUUAUCAUCUUAUCCGUAUCAAAAUACAAGUUUUAAUAGUGCUUUCUUUUUCUUCGAGCAU